GGCGGGUGGCUGCAGAGAGAGGCCGGGCGGGGAGCAAAGGUUGGCGGUCUUCGUCGCCGACCUUCUACCGAGCUCCACGGCGUCAUGACGGUGGGAUCCCGGCUCCGCAGCAAGGUAGCCUGCAGCCUGGCGCGCCGAGGGCCGCUGGGGCGAUUGCGCGCGGCGGGCGACGAGGAGACGGAUGCCAUCGUGGAGCGCCUGGAGGGCGAGGUCGAGGACGAGGACCCAGCGAGCGAGGUCGGGGCGCGCGAUGCGGGAGGCCGGCGCGCGGGGACCCCGGGGGCGCGCAGGGUGCACCUGGCCGUCUUGCCCGAGCGCUACGAGCCGCUGGAGGAGCCCGCGCCUGGCGACAAGCCCAAGAAGAGGUACCGGAGGAAGCUGAAGAAGUAUGGCAAGAACGUUGGGAAGGUCAUCACCAAAGGAUGUCGCUACAUCGUUAUUGGCCUGCAGGGGUUUGCUGCGGCCUACUCCGCCCCAUUUGGAGUGGCCACCAGCGUGGUGUCCUUUGUGCGCUAAACAGGAGCUGCUGGGGCAGGCGUCACCCAAGUGCAAGCUUCUGCCCUGGAGGCUCUGAAUCCACUAUUUCAGACUAUUUCAGACUUGGACUCACAGAGAACUUCGAAGAGGAAACGUGUUUUGUUGUUGAAUUGGUUGAGUGUUAGGCAGGAGCUGCCCCCACCCAUCUACUGAGCUCUCCACUUCUCUUGGACAUGGGUGGAUCCAAUGAGACAUGGGUCAAUCCUGCAGAGAACCCGGCCAAGAUUAGGGUUAGGGCUAGUUUGUUUCCCAUGCUGAUUAGGGCCUUCAUGUGGUAAUGGAAGCAAUUCCACGGCAGGUUGGAGCAGUGAGCAGGUGAUUUUGAGGAGGGAAGGAAAUGCCAACCUGGAGAUGGACAGUUGCUAAGUUCUCCUGGAAAGGUUGUGGGAGCUGCUUGUUUCUGAAGUCUAUCUCUCUUUCCUAUCUCCUUCACCACACUGACACUGGGAGUUUAAUUACAGGUUUGGGAAGAAAGAAGGAAGGAAACUCCCUUUGAAGGCAUGAUGCUUUGAAAACCAUGUUCACAUGUAGAUCAAAGCAUGUCAUUUUCACAGAUCUAUACAUAAAUAUGCAGCUGGCAAUAAAGGAAGGAGGAAGGGCAAGUUCUGAAGGAGGCUGGGUGACGGGUGCUUUCCAGGGCUGGACCCGGUCCAGCGUGGUCUGGCCUAGUUGUUGUGUUUAGGGAUGGCAGGGCUCCUGCAAAUGUGGCUGGCCACAGUACUCCAAAUUCACUGCUAACAGUCACCCAACUCCUCCUUGAUUCAAUGGAGAGAGACAGAGAUAGAGAUGGGGGGGGGGGGCAGCCUGGAAAUGAAUGUGUGGAUUUAGAAAAGGAACCAGUAAGUAGGAGCCAGAGGGACAUGAAGAAGGACAUUGGAAGAGCAAUGAAAGUCCAGAACUAGGGCUGGCUGCUUGUGGUAGGGACACUCUGGAGGGUUAGACCUUUGGCUGUGUGUAGGGGCAGAGAAGGUUGACAGGCUGAAUCUUACUUGGAUUCAAAGAUCAGUGUAGGUAUGGGUCCUGGGCUUGACACCCAUCAAGGAUGGCUCACAGACUGCCAUUGGACACUAGUGAAGGAAAGAAGGCCUUCAAAGGCUAGGAUGCUUUGAGAACUGUGCCAACCUAUAUCACAACUGUUUUUAAAGUAGUUCACAGAGAGGUAAAAGAUGGAGGUCCCUCUCACCAUGGCCCUUGGCCAACCCCCACAGCAGGCCAUUGUUCUCACUUUCCUUCUAGAAAGUCCAGGGUCCAGAGCAGUUGUUCAGACCCCCUACAGGCUCAACAGUGGUAGCAGUCUGCUGCCCCAGGAGGCCUGUUGCCCCAGGAAGGGUACACACAAAAAGCCACAACGCACAUGCCUUACCCAUUAGGCCCAACCAGCAGGCGCUGGUAGAUGGAGACGGUAGAAAGACAGACAGAUGGACAGAAGACGGAUGGGUGGAGGGGAUAGUGGCAGCCUCCCAGUUCGAUUCAGCCUCCUCUCUGUUGAAAGAUGAUGCCAAGUCCUUGGGCUGGGUAUUUGUGAGAUCAAACAAAUGGUCUUGUUUUAGCCCCAGUGGCCCAGGCUGACUAUGCACAGGUUCACCCUUAUGAGAGAACGACAGCUUACACAACAGCCCUGGAAACAGAGAGGUAGACGUAAACAGGAGAGAAAGCCACGUGGAGUUAGCAGGAAAGAGUCAGGCCCCUGAGGACUGCUAGUCACUGGAAGUGAAGCAAACUUGCAGAGAUCCUCCCUAGUCACCGCUGAUGCUACUGAGCUCUGGAGAGCCCACAAAGUUCUGCUGGGGAGUGGAAGUGUGACCUAGGGAAGGGAUGAAGCUUCAGGGGUUCCCUUGCCUGGGUGUCUCCAAAGAAUUUCCUCCCACCUCCCAAAUUGGAAAAUCCACAAAUCGGUGCACAUCUGGCUCUGUACCUCUCAAAGUCUCAAAUUUCUACGAAUUAACUCGGAAAUGUCCAAAAUCAAAAGCUCACAGGGGCUGUCCUGGGAGUCAGGGCCGGAUUCAUUGUAGGACUUCAGCCCCUCAUGCAGCCUUUGUGAUCACAUUCCCUGUAUGGGGCUCUGGGUUCCUCAUGCCCAGUUCCUCCAGCUUGAGAGCUUGCUUCCUGCUCCAGAAUACUUUUCUACCUUGGAAUUGAGCUUCCCUGUUAAUGGCUUGACCAGAAGGCUUCUUUUGUAUCCCUAUCCUCCCCACCACCACCGCCCCCGCCACUGUGAAUAAAGGCACCAGCUUGUCUGGUUUUUCUAUGUG